GGUUUGUUUGAUCUGGUGGGGUCUUGAAGAAUAUACAAUGUCUCAGUUUCUCUUCCGUCUCUCCAAACUAUCAUCUCGGAACAACAAUAUGAUACACGAGAGAGCUCGUUUGUUCUCAACCAGACCGUAUCUGACACUUGGCACUAGGGUCAAGGAAGUUUUGCCAGGUGGCUACAAAAUUGCAGAUAUUCUCUUGUUCGACCCUGCUGAAGAAGAGUUAGUCACGGUCCCCGACAAAACAAUUCCCAAAGAGCUCAUGGACGAAGAAAUGGUCGGUGCUUCCCAUGGAUGGGGUGUUUUCUGUGCUCGGCACGACCGUUCCGUACGCAUCAGCGACUUAUACAAUCCAUUGGCAUCCAAAUCAAACCCCACCAUGAUUACUCUGCCUCGGCUUACUGCUCUGUCCUCUAACUACUGCAACGUGGCAAUGACCUCUUCCCCUCACCUUGAAGACUGUGUAGUGGCUAUCAAGUUCGUAGGUGACCAUCUGAGUCUGUGCAGGCCCGGUCGUGACCUUGAGUGGACUAAUAUCUUGACCCCUCCUAGCUGCUUGGAAAACUCAAAUCUUAUGUAUUCCAAAAGAGACAAAAAAUUCUACUUGCCUGCUCCUGGAGGUAAAUACUUGUUCUCCUAUAAUCUCCACUUCAAGGAAGAAGAUAUCCCUGAGGUCCAAGAGGUGGUCUACCGUGGCCACCCAGAGUUGGAUCAGUCGGAAUGGGAGCUUUUGAGUUCGUGUACCAGGACGGAGCAUCUUGUGGAGUACACACAUGGCUUCUACUCGACUGUGUUGGAAAGAAUUGACCACAUAACACAGAGGUUUAUGGUGUUUAGAGAGGAGGAGACGACAGAAGGAAGCAUCAUGUGUUACACUGAGGACAUUGGAGACAUGUGCAUUUUCCUUGCGAACAGCGAGGCUUUCUGCGUCCCCGCCAGCUCCUGCACCGGCCUCAAACCCAACUCCAUAUAUCAUAUGGGACGUGGCUUAGGUUUUUACGAUCUCACUACUGGAAACCCACAUCAGUACCUAGCUCCUGAUGGUGCACCCAGCGUUCUCACCCAACCUUACUGGCUUCCUCCUUUUUCUACCUAG